GCUAUCAGACUUUUAAGCUCAAAUUCAUCCUCAGCACUGCUCCACUGAAUUUAGUUUAUUUCCGUUUACCGCUUUUAAAUUGCUUUUUAUACUACAGUAUCUUGUCUGCUAUUUAGCAGAAGGGAGUUACAAACAAUAUUUCCCUCUGCAACAUGUUGUAAUGUGACAAAUAAGUCAUCCUUGUAUUAGUAUCGGCCCGCGCGCGCCCUUUGUCGAAGCCCGCGAAGAGCUCCUGAGUUGAAGUCUGCCAUCAGCAAAUAUGAACUGUGUACUUGAAGGAAACUGUGUAAAAGCAUUUGGUAAGGCUGUUCAUGCCCUGUCACGGAUUGGAGAUGAACUGUGGUUGGAUCCCAUGUCCAAAGGGCUGGCGCUGAGAUCAGUGAAUUCUGCUCAUUCUGCAUAUGCUUGCUUCCUCUUCUCACCGCUGUUCUUCCAGCACUACAGCUUGGGAUCAGUUUCAGGGCAGGGCAGUGAAACAGUCAAAUGCAAGCUGGUCAUGAAGUCUGUUCUACCUCUUUUCCGGUGUUUGACUUCCAUUGAGCGUAAUGUGGAGCGUUGUCAGAUAUCGAUCAGCACUUCCAGUGACCGGGUGAUGAUCCAGUUUUUCUGCAGGCAUGGCAUCACUAAAACCCACAACCUACGGUUCCAGGAAAGUGAGGCUCUGCAGGCGGUGUUUGCCUCACACCUUUGUCCCAAUGUGCUGAAAGCUCCUGCCAGGCUUCUUGGUGAUAUGGUGAUGCAUUUCCCAGUGUCCCAGGAGGAGAUCACUCUGUCCAUGACUCCUCUGAGAGUCAGCCUGAGAAAUUACUACGAGGGGGGAAACGGUCACAUGAAGAUGAUGUGCACUGAGAUGUCCUUACACCCAGACGAGUUUGACUACUUUCAGAUUGGAGUGGACUCGGACAUAACCUUCUGUCUGAAGGAGUUGAGGGGUUUACUGUCCUUUGCAGAGUCCCAUUGCCUUCCAGUGUCGGUCCACUUUGGCGUUGCAGGAAAGCCUGUGUGCUUCUCUGUGGAGGACAUGAUCCUGGAGGCCACUGUGGUGCUGGCUACUCUCAUCGACUCUGAAAGCAGGGACCCCUCUCAGCCUACAGAGACUCUGGCCCCUGCUACCUCCAGGUGUGCAGGUGCCGCUGUUCUACCUGUCGGCUCAGGUGAGGCAGACGGCAGGGAGCCUCAGGAAAUUCCUGAUAUGACAGAGCUGAUAGCAUCCAGCCAGGGCAGCCCCAUUAUCAACCCACCAUUUGUGAUGCAGCUUCUGCCUCAGACUGACGACCCUAAUGGACUCGGUGCACCUGAUGAGGCCUGUCCCAGUGCCACCUCGACUCCGGCUUCCUCCACGAUCUGCUCCCUCCUGUUCAGGGCUUUGUCCUCAGAGCAGGACAAUGAUGGCAGUGCUGUCAGGCUGCCUGUUCUGGCAUGCUACAGUGACGGAGAGGAGAAUAUGGAGGAAGACUACACAAGAAGCCCUUCACUCUGAGAACAGAGUUAUUACACACUACUCGUUUCUCUGCCAGAAUGAGGCCACAACAUUGAACUGUCGGAAUGACGGGAUCUAAAUGAAUUUAUUUUUUAAUAUACUCUGCAUUUUAAGUGGUUUUGUUCAUGGCUCAAACAUUGUUUUGCUUGUUAAAACUGUGCUCAAGAUUUUACGUAUACCCACAAUGUUCAGUUGGGAAUUGAAAAAGAAUGUAUUUGUAAUAUUUAUCAAAGAAUAUAUCCAAGAACUUGUUUUUACUA